AUGAAUCAUACAAUUUAAAGCAAGUUUCAACUUUUAUUACUUAUAAUCCUUAAUCUCUGGUAUAGAUUUUGUAGUUAUUUUAUUCAUUUUGCCAUUGGUGUUGAAUAUCAAUAACUACUCUGUAUCUUAUUUGAUUAAACUUAAUUAACUGGAAAUAUAUAUGUAACAAUUCCUUGUGCAAGAUCACUCUCAUAAAUUUUUGUUUCUGUAUUUUUUAAUCUGAUAUACUUAUUUCAUAUUUUUUGUAAUAAUUCGAUUAACAAUUACUUCCAGCAAAUGCAAUAUUAUUAUUUUAGUUAAUAUUUCCGAUCUCAUAGUGAAAUGCAUUUCAAUAAUCUCCUCAUAUAAAUGAUUUAGACUUACGAAUUAGGCAUGGGCAUUAUACAAAGUUUGUUAAAAGGGAUUAAACUCAUUAAAAUAAUCAAUAUCGAAAAUAGCUUUAUUAGCAUUAUAUAUUCGAUUAAAUUUAUAAAAGUUAUUUUAACACAAUUAAAGUUCUAUUUAGAUUUUAAAUUUGUACUACAUUAUUUAGUGAAUGUUAUUAGGAUGUAAAGUUUUUAGGAUAGAUUAAUUGUAAAAUAUCUAUAGGGCUUUCGAUUACCAAUUGAAGAAUGUAGUUUAAAACUAACUUUUUCAUUAAUUUUUGUAUUUUCUGAUAAUAAUAAUCAACUAAUAGUUGCACCCUCCCUAUUUGUAAUAAGAAAUACCUACAAAAUUCCGAAAUUAUUUUGA